AUGAGGCCACGUUCUUUCACAACACCAGCGCCCGUUACUUACGUUCCUGCGUUCAUACACCAAGCUCCAAUUGUAGCCACAUAUCCUACAUGGMCUGUUAAAUCUAAUUUCAGCUCGCGUGUCAACUUAUUUAAAAGGCACUCUUCACCGCGAUGGUAA